CGAACCCAAUUGCUAUCUUUUUCUGUGACUCCCUAAAAAAGAAAUAGCUUCUCUUCUUGGUUUCUAGUAUUUCUUUAUCUUCUUUAUAUUGCCUUUUAGAUGCUUACCAAGGAGCAUGUACUUGUCUGAGAAGCCUCGUCCAAUUGACUUCUAUAAGGAGGAGGGACGAGAGAUGAUAAUUGAAGUUGUCGGCAAUGUUGGGUUGCAGCCCCAGCAGCCGCAGCCGCAGCAGCAACAGCAAAUGAUUCUGGCCGAUAGCAGCGGGGAAGACCACGAGCACGAGGUGAAGGCGCCCAAGAAGCGGGCCGAGACUUGGGUUCAGGAGGAGACCCGAAGCCUUAUCAGUUUCCGGCGAGAAAUGGAUAGUCUCUUCAAUACUUCCAAGUCCAACAAGCAUCUUUGGGAGCAGAUUUCGUCUAAGAUGAGGGAGAAGGGUUUCGAUCGAUCUCCGACCAUGUGCACAGAUAAAUGGAGGAACUUAUUAAAAGAAUUCAAGAAGGCGAAGUACCAAGAUAGAGGUAGUGGUUCAGCAAAGAUGUCGUACUACAAGGAACUAGAGGAACUGCUCAGGGAGAGAAGUAAGAACGCCUCUUACAAAACUCCUACACCUUCUAAGGUCGAUUCCUUCAUCCAAUUCCCAGAUAAAGGUCUUGAGGAUGCCAGUAUUCCAUUUGUUUCUGUUGAAGGUAAUGGAAGGUCAGCACUCAAUCUUGAAAGGCGUUCGGAUCAUGAUGGACACCCUCUUGCCAUCACGGCAGCUGAAGCAGUUGGAGGCAGUGGAGUUCCCCCGUGGAAUUGGAGAGAAACUCCUGGAAAUGGUGGGGAGAGCAACUCUUCCUAUGGUGGGAGGGUGAUCUCAGUCAAGUGGGGAGAAUACACUAGGAGGAUUGGCAUUGAUGGUACUGCAGAUGCAAUCAAAGAGGCAAUCAAGUCUGCUUUCGGGUUAAGAACCAAGAGGGCAUUUUGGUUGGAAGAUGAAGACGAAGUUGUUCGGAGCCUUGACAGGGACAUGCCAUUGGGGAAUUACACUCUUCACCUUGACGAGGGAUUGACAAUCAAAGUUUGUCUCUAUGAUGAAUCUGACCGCAUACCUGUUCGUACUGAAGAGAAGACACUUUACACUGAAGAUGAUUUUCGUGAUUUCCUUAGCCGCCGUGGUUGGACGGGUCUAAGAGAGUUCAAUAUCUUCAGAACUGUCGACACUUUAGAUGAUCUCCGUCCUGGUGCAAUCUACCAGGGUGUGAGAUUGCUUGGGGACUAAGGGAGUGUUACAGUGGUAUCCUGAUGAAUGAUGAAAUUUCCAGAAGCAGCAGUACCUCGUACAAUUUUUUUACUCCCUUCUGUUCACAAUUGCACCUUGUGUGGUAAUCUUGCCUACACUUUGAAGAGUCCACAACUAAAAUGUAACAGAAUUGCCAAUUGUAUAUAGCAAUUUGAUGGAAUGUUAAGAGGGAAAGAGAAAAAAGCAAAAUUUUCAGAGCAUUCAUAUUAGCCUUUC